AUGUCCCGUAGUGGUCCAAGUCUAGAUCUUGACGAGCGUUCUCCGCUCAUUCGAGCCGUCAAUACGGCACGCAACAGUGACGUCGAAGGGCGGCCUCUCGUGGAGGAGGAAGAUGAGUCCUCCGAUCCUGGGUCGGAGCGGGAAGAACGAUAUCUGAACGGCAACCGACCGCCUUCCGAAACCAUUGGUUUGGACGACUCGACCCUCGAGCACAAAAAUCCCUUGUACCUGAUUCUUCUCACCCUCUCCAUCGGCGGACUGCAGAUCGUCUGGUCGGUGGAAUUAUCCAAUGGAUCGCCUUAUUUGCUGUCGCUCGGCAUGAGCAAGGCUCUUCUCGCCUUUGUCUGGCUUGCCGGACCUCUGACCGGCACUCUUGUUCAGCCGUACAUCGGCAUUCGGAGUGACCGAUGUCGCGUUUCAUGGGGGAAGCGCAAGCCCUUCAUGAUUGGGGGGACUUUGGGAACCGUGGCAUCGUCCAUGGCACUGGCCUAUGCCCGAGACAUCGUUCGAGUGGUGGCGGGCCUCGGCCGGGAUGCCCCGUACAGCGGUGGCUAUCAGACGGCCACCAUCAUCCUGGCCACCGUCCUGAUGUGGUGUCUAGAUUUCUCCAUCAACACCGUGCAAGCGGCGAUCCGUGCCUUUAUCGUCGACAAUGCACCAUCUCAUCAACAAGAGUCGGCCAAUGCGUGGGCGUCUCGGAUGACUGGCGUUGGCAACGUGCUCGGUUAUGUGUUUGGAUAUCUCAACCUGCCGAGAUACUUCCAUUUCUUUGGAAACACCCAAUUCAAGGUUCUCGUUGUCAUUGCCUCGAUUGCGCUCAGCUCGACGGUGUUGAUCAGUGUCCUCGCCAUCAAAGAACGAAAUCCGCAACUCGAACCGCCGUCCCGUAAGGAUGCCGCUGGCGGGUUGGUGGCGUUCUUCAAGCAGGUGUUUGUCUCGAUCCAACGGCUCCCUCCUCAAAUCCGCCAAGUGUGCAAAAUCCAGUUUUUCCACUGGAUCGGUUGGUUUCCCUUUCUGUUCUACAUUACCACCUACAUUGGCCAGCUCUACGUUGAUCCGUUCCUCAAGCCCGGCCUUUCCGACGACGAGGUGGAGAAGCUUUGGGGCAAGGCGACCCGGAUCGGGACGUUUGCGCUUCUGAUCUAUGCCAUCACCUCCUUUGCCUCCAACAUCAUCUUGCCCUUUUUGGUCGUGCCCACGUACCGCGCCCAGCCCGUGGUUGCGGUGGAAGAUUUCGAUCGCCCCAUCACGCCGCCGUCUCGACCUGACAUGAGACCACGGAGCUAUUCGUGGAGCGAGCAUGCCUACAGUGGAUCGCAGAGCACUCUGACCUUUGCUUCCACGGUGGAAGAAUCACGCAUUCGCCGGGACCUCGGCCCGCCACGUGCUGGCUCGGUGCAGAACUGCCUGACGAGGCUCCAAAUCCCGGGGUUGACCCUCCGGCGAGCAUGGUUGUUCUCGCAACUGUUGUUUUCCCUCUGUACUUUCAGCACCAUCUUGAUUACCACGCCUCUGGCGGCCAGCAUCAUGACCGCUCUGGUGGGCAUAUCCUGGUCGCUGACUCUGUGGGCACCAUUUGCCUUGAUCUCGGCGGAAAUUUCCAAACGCGACGAAGUACGACGCAAGAAGCAGCGACAACGCCUCAUCCAUGGGGACGAUGAUUUGGGAGUGGAUGGGAAUGUGAAUGCCAAGGACGAGGAAGAAGAUCAGGCCGGGGUGAUUCUAGGUCUACACAAUGUGGCCAUCAGUGCACCUCAGAUCUUGGCCACCUUGAUCAGCAGUGUGGUGUUUAAGCUGCUACAGAAGCCGCGGAACGAACCUGGGGAUGUGAGUGUGGGGUGGACACUGAGGAUCGGUGGAUUGGCCACGUUGGUGUCGGCGUUUAUCACAUGGCGAAUGAAAGAGCCUGGAGAUGAAGACGAUGUGGAAUGA